CGCAGGAAUAUGGAGUAGUGUACAUGAUUCCGUCGGUCCUCGGACAGACCAGAAUCGUGCUAGCUGACCCAAGAGCCAUCGCACAUUUUUAUGCCCGAGAAUCAUGGACCUAUGUGCAGACGCCCCUUUCUCUGGCGCUGAUAGAGAACAUGGUCGGCAGAGGGGUACUAUGGUCUCAGGGUGAGAGUCACAGAAGGCAGCGGAAGGCUCUCACUCCGGCGUUCAGUAACGCAGCUAUUCGGAAACUCACAUCGGUAUUUUAUGAUUCAGCAUAUAAGGUAUGGAUUUCCAAUGUAAGGAAUGCGACACAUCUGAUCUCGAAACUCUAAGGUCAAGAACGUAUGGGACACCGAUGUAGAAUCGAGCAAAGAUGGAAAUGCUGUCAUUGAAGUUCAAAACUGGAUGAAUCAUAUCUCUUUGGAUACGAUUGGCAUCGCGGGUUUCUCCCAUGAUUUUGGCUCACUCGACGGAAAGCACGCCAGCGUUAC